AUGGCCGUUGGUGUUGGCUCUGUUUCCUUAAAGCUACAAGAUGGUUCAGUGAAGCUAAUCAGAAAUGAGAGAAAUGUUCCUACCUUGAAGAGAAAUAUUCUAUUAUUGGGGAUGUUUGACUCCAUUGAUGAAGAUCCUACAGAGGAUGAGCUAUGGCACAAGAGGCUAUCUCAUAUUAGUGUGAAGGGGUUGCAAGUUCUUUCCAAACAGGGGAUUCUUCCUAAAGGGUUUGGAAACAAUUUGAAGUUUUGUGAACAUUGCAUCCUUGGCAAGGCAACUAGGCAAGACUUUCCUAAAGGACAACAUACUACCAAGGAUAUAUUUGAAUAUGUGCAUUCUGAUCUAUGGAGUCCAACACACUCUCCUUCACUAAGUGGAGCAAGGCACAAUGUGACAGAGAUGUUUGAUCAGUAUUCUCGUGAGCCUUGA